CUAAUUUCAUGCAGAUUACAAACAACUCACACUCACUUUUAUUCAUUAUGGGUGUUAACAAACUUUCAAGUGUGGUUUUCUUGGUGUUAUUAGGAUUAGGCAUUUGUGUGGCUACUAGAGCUCUCUUCACUGUUGAAGAGAGCUACAUUCAUGGUGGUUUAGCAGGGGGUGGUGGUGGUGGAGGAGGUAGUGGUGGUGGUGGUGGUUAUGGGGUAGGAGGAGAACACGGAGUUGGAUACGGAGGUGGUGCAGGGAAAGGUGGUGGAGCAGGUUAUGGUGGUGGAGCGGCGGGAGGUGGAGGGGGAGGUGGUGGAACUGGAGGAGGAGGUGGUGGUGGAGGAGGAGCGGAUGGAGCAGGUUAUGGUGGAGGUGAAGGAGGUGGGAGCGGCGGUGGACAUGGUGGAGCAUCUGGUUAUGGUGGUGGAGCAGUUGGAGGUGGGGGAGGAGGUGGUAGUGGAGGAGGUGGUGGUGGUGGUGUUGGAGGUGGUGGAGGAGCACACGGUGGGGGUUAUGGUGGAGGAGAAGGAGGUGGGAGUGGUGGUGGACAUGGUGGUGCAGCUGGUUAUGGUGGUGGAGCGGCAGGAGGUGGAGGAGGAGGUGGUGGUACUGGAGGAGGUGGUGGUGGUGGAGGAGGAGCGGAUGGUGCAGGUUACGGUGGAGGUGAAGGAGGUGGGAGUGGCGCAGGACAUGGUGGAGCAACUGGUUAUGGUGGUGGAGCAGCUGGAGGUGGGGGAGGAGGUGGUGGUAGUGGAGGAGGUGCCGGUGGUGGUGGAGGAGCACACGGUGGGGGUUAUGGUGGAGGAGAAGGAGGUGGGAUCGGUGGUGGACAUGGUGGAGCAUCUGGUUAUGGUGGUGGAGCAGCUGGAGGUGGGGGAGGAGGUGGUGGUAGUGGAGGAGGUGCCGGUGGUGGUGGAGGAGCACACGGAGGGGGUUAUGGUGGAGGAGAAGGAGGUGGGAUCGGUGGUGGACAUGGUGGUGCUGGAGGAGUUGGUGGAGGAGGAGGUGGUGGAGGUGGACAUGGUGGAGGUGGUGGCGGAGGAGCUGGCAUAGGAGGAGCAGGAGGAAGCGGAUAUGGUAGUGGAGGUGGCGCUGGAGCUGGAGAGGGUGCUGGAGGGUCAUAUGGCGGAUACAAUGGAGGAGGAGGUGGUGGUGGUUCAGGAGGCGGUGGCGGUGGUGGUGGUGGUUUAGGCGAGCAUGGAGGUGGUGGUGGCAGUGGAAGUGGUGGUGGUGAAGGUGGUGGACAUGGUGGCUAUAUCCCUUGAACAAGAAUAUCGUAUUCAUUGUCAAAAAUGGACAAUGACUUCUUUCUAUAAUAAUAUGAUGGAUGCAAGAAUGAAUGAAUGCAUGCAUGCAUCAGUUCAAUGUUGUUAUAUGUAUGUUAAUGAAUUUACGUGUUGAUGUAUUAAUAAUUUAACUAAUCUACCAUCUUGUUUAUCA